AUGGAGUUUGGCGGUGCUAUCACUCUUUUCUUGGCCCUCUGCGUCCCCUGCCUCAUCAUCCUCAUUGCCUGGAAGCGCAUGCACAAAGGGGGCAAGCUGCCUCCCGGGCCCACUCCCCUCCCCUUCCUGGGCAACCUGCUGCAGGUCCGAACGGAUGCCACAUUCCAGUCUUUCCUGGAGCUUAGUAAGAAAUAUGGGCCUGUGUUUACCGUCUACAUGGGCCCCCGGAGAGUCGUGGUGCUCUGUGGCCAUGAGGCAGUGAAGGAAGCAUUGGUGGACCAGGCCGAGGAGUUCAGUGGACGUGGGGAGCUGGCCUCCAUUGACCGGAACUUCCAGGGCCACGGUGUGGCAUUGGCCAACGGGGAACGGUGGCGGACUUUGCGUCGUUUCUCUCUGACCAUCCUUCGAAAUUUUGGGAUGGGGAAGCGCAGCAUUGAAGAACGCAUUCAGGAAGAAGCUGGCUUCUUGCUGGAGGAGUUUCGGAAGACCAAAGGGACCCCCAUUGAUCCCACCUUCUUCUUGAGCCGCACCGUCUCCAACGUCAUCAGCUCCGUGGUAUUUGGGAGCCGUUUUGACUAUGAGGAUGAACAAUUCUUGUAUCUGCUCCGUCUGAUCAAUGAGAGCUUCAUUGAGAUGAGCACACCCUGGGCCCAGCUCUAUGAUAUGUACUCAGGGAUUAUGCAGUACUUGCCCGGUCGCCAUAACAAAAUUUAUAACCUUAUCGAAGAGCUGAAGGACUUCAUUGCAUCCAGGGUCAAGAUCAACGAGGCUUCCCUGGAUCCCAGCAACCCUCGGGACUUCAUUGAUUGCUUCCUGGUCAAAAUGCACCAGGAAAAAAACAACCCUCAGACAGAAUUCAACCUUAAGAACCUGGUCCUCACCACCUUAAACUUGUUCUUUGCUGGGACUGAAACAGUCAGCUCUACUCUACGCCAAGGGUUUCUGCUUCUCAUGAAACACCCAGAAGUGGGAGCCAAGGUCCAAGAGGAGAUUGACCACGUCAUUGGGCGACACCGAAUCCCCAAGGCAGAGGACCGGAUGCAGAUGCCAUACACAGAUGCAGUCAUCCAUGAGAUCCAGAGGAUUACAGACAUUGUGCCCAUGGGCGUCCCUCACACGGUCACCCGAGAUACCAACUUCCGAGGCUACAUGCUGCCAAAGGGCACUGAUAUCUUCCCUCUCAUUGGCUCUGCUCUCCGAGACCCCAAGUAUUUUAAAAAACCUGAAGCCUUUGAACCCCAGCACUUCCUUGAUGAGCAGGGACGCUUCAAGAAGAAUGAGGCCUUCGUUCCAUUCGCCUCCGGGAAGCGUGUGUGUCUGGGGGAGGCCAUGGCCCGGAUGGAGCUCUUCCUCUACUUCACCACCAUCCUGCAGAACUUCUCCCUCCAACCUCUGGUUCCACCUAGUGAGAUUGAUGUCACCCCCCAGAUCAGUGGCUUUGGCAACAUCCCUCCCACCUAUAAGCUCUGCAUUGUAGCCCGUUGA